UGGUACAUACGUUUUACGUCUGCUGUGCUGGGAAGCAAUCUUUUGCUACAGGUAGCUGCCAAACAGGGCCUCAUGACUGGCAUCGUUUUCGUAGCUUUCUGCCUAAUAAAGCCCCUCUCCUUCUUUGAAUUCAAUAAAGCAAGUGCAACGAGAAAACAGCUCAUUUGUGACACAAGUCAAGGCACCCAAUAGAUCUCUUACAUCCCAAGUUGCAACCACAGAAAAAAUAAUUUUUUCAAAAAAAUCUGAACCCUCCUUUAAUCCUUAUCUGCCUUUCCUUUGCUCUCUUCCUCCAUAAGAAAAUCUAGAUCCAAAAGAAAAAUAACAUUCUCACACAUGGGUUCUAUUAUUUUCUCUCUCUUUCUUCUUUCCCUUGCAUUUCCUCCCCAAACCCAUAAUUUCUUUGUGACUGCCGACUCAAAUUUGAUCCAGAAAACUUGUAAGAACACCAAAUACUAUGGCCUCUGUGUCUCAACCCUCAAAUCUGAUCCCACAAGCAAAACUGCAGACACAAAGGGAUUGGCAGUUAUUAUGGUUGGGAUUGGGAUGGCAAAUGCAAGUGCCACCUCAUCUUACUUGUCCUCUCAACUAGUGAGCUCAAAGAACAAUGACACAAACAUGAAGAAGGUGCUCAAGGAGUGUGCUGAUAAGUAUGGCUUUGCUGGAGAUGCCCUCCAAGCUUCAGUGCAGGAUUUGGCCUCAGAAUCAUAUGAUUAUGCUUCCAUGCACAUCAAUGCAGCUGCUGACUACCCAAAUGCUUGCCACAAUGCUUUCAAAAGGUACCCAGCUUUGGCUUAUCCUCCAGAACUUGCAAGAAGAGAGGAGGGUUUGAAGCAUAUUUGUGAUGUCGCUUUGGGAAUUAUUGAUAAUUUUGGUUGGUAAUUAAAUAUUGCCUAACUAAAGUGCUUAGAGAGAGCAGAAAAAAAAAAUUCUUUAAUUUUCUCAAUCAUUGUAGUCUACGUCUGUGUUUAUGUUGGUACUGUCGGCUACUAAUUGUAUGAUUUGGGCUUGCAAGUGCCAAUGCAUGACCUAAACAUAUGUGAUUAAUUGCCAACGAGUCUAGUUUAGUGAAAAUGGUGGCAGACUAGUGUACUUAUGUUCAAAUAUCUAUGCUAUUUUAGUAGUGUGUGUGAGAUA